AUGGGGAGGGCGCCGUGCUGCGAGAAGGUGGGGUUGAAGCAAGGAAGGUGGACGGCGGAGGAGGAUGACAUACUCACGAAAUACAUUGCUCAGCACGGCGAGGGCUCAUGGAGGUCUCUGCCCAAGAAUGCAGGGCUGCUGAGGUGUGGCAAGAGCUGCAGGCUACGGUGGCUCAACUACCUGAGCGACGGGGUGAAGAGGGGCAACUUCUCUAAAGAGGAGGAUAAUCUCAUUGUCAAGCUCCAUGCCACCCUUGGCAGCAGGUGGUCGAUGAUCGCCAGCUACCUGCCAGGGCGGACUGACAACGAGAUAAAGAACUACUGGAAUGCGCAUCUCAGCCGGCAGAUCUACAACUUCCGGCACGUGUACGUUGCGAUUAACGAAACCACUGUAACCAUCGACGUCGACAAGCUUUCCGCCACUACCAAGCGCCGAGGCGGCAAGGCGCCCAGGAGCACCAUCAAGAUGCAGCCCGUGUCUGAGCCCACCAAGUCCAAGGAAGGCUCAAGCCCAGUCGAUACCAUAUCGACAACAUCAAGCCAGGCGAACCCGGACGGGGACCAGCAACCCAUCAAUAACAUGACUUGUUGUGUGCCCUGCAGCGAGGAGGCCAUGGUCAUGGACCCCGUAGAUCAAAAUGGUACGGUCCAACUCAUGGGGACCAACUGCUCAGACGACUCGGUGAAUCAGAUUGGGGUUUUUGAGGAGGAAAGCGAGAUGGAGGCCCUGCUUUCAUGCAUCGACGACGACAUGCCAGCUAGUGUGCUUACUGGCAUCGAGUGGGGAGGCCACUCUCCUCGGGUGGAGGAUCUGCUGGACAUGGACUGGAAAGGUUUUGCGUCCCACCUAUGGGACCAGCCAUCCCAGAGUGAUCUGCUCCAGACCGUUGAGCCGCAGGCAAUGACCGGCUCCGAGUCAGACGAGCUCGAGUCAUUUGUCAGUUGGCUCCUCUCCGACGAUGUGUGA